CACCAGAGGGCCCUGGCUAUUUGCUAAGGGAGGGAGUUCUUUCUUUCUUUCACUCUCCCUCUCACACACACACGCGCGCUAACAUUCUCUGCUCAGCCUUCUUCUCAAGGAUUGAGCUUCCUGGGUCAGAGAAGCGGCGGCGGCGGCGGCUGCUGCUACCACCUCCAUUAUGAGGCUAUCCCCUUCCCCUAAGUAGUUUCCUCCCCCAGCCUAUCGGGCCUGGUUUGUGGAGGGCAAGGAAGGUCGGAGGGGACCUUGAUCCAAGCAGCACGCCUUGCCUUGCUGGGUGCCCUUAGCUGGAACAACUAGCCUCUCUCAGGACAGCCAUUGGUUCUUCCUGAGCAGGAGAUUCCAGGCACAGUAUUGCUUAAGGGAGUGGUGAGUCCUUGGUGGCGACUGCUGGGAUGCCCCCCAAGAAGCACAAAAGCAUUGCUACCGUGAGCAGCGCUGUGGGCAAGGGCCUAGCUGGGGAAAAGGAGAAGAGGAACAAGCGCAAGUCGGAGCGUCCCUGCCGCAGCCCUCCAGAAGAGGAGGAAGAGGAGAAGGUGGCCGUUGAAGAAAAGGAGGUGCCCUUUCCACGGCAAGCCGCUCCAGCCAAGGGAGGGCGUCCCAACCUCUGCUCAGAGUGUGGGAAGAGCUUUCUGCACAGCUCCGACCUGGUGAACCACCAACGCAUUCACAGUGGAGACAAACCCUUUGUGUGUACUGAGUGCGGGCGCAGCUUCAGACAGAGCUCCACGCUGAUCACGCAUCAGCGCAUCCACACCGGCGAGGCCCCCUACGUGUGCAGCUACUGUGGCAAGCGCUUCCGCGUCAGCUCCAACUUUGUGCGCCACCGGCGCAUCCACACUGGGGAGAAGCCCUACUCCUGCCCCAUUUGCGCCAAGAGCUUCACUGACAAGUCGACACUGACGCAGCACCAGCGCACCCACACGGGGGAGAAGCCGUACCGCUGCGCAGACUGUGGCAAGAGCUUCAGCCGCAGCUCCCAUCGCAAGCGCCACUUGCGCAAUCCCCCCACCCGUGGCCGCUCCCGCUGCGCCCAUCGUCCAUUUCCUCCACCUUCGGACAGCAGCAGUGGCAGAGUCAAGGCCGCUAAGGAAACCAAGGCCAAGAAGCGGACCCUGGCGGCUCCUGCCGCAGAGCCAGUCACGGAGAUCCCCAACACAUGCGCGGAAUGCUGGCAGAGCUUCGGCCAGAACUCAGACUUGGUCAAGCACAUGCGCAUCCACACCGGCGAGAAGCCCUUCCGCUGCAGCCACUGUGGCAAGCGCUUCAGUGUCAGCUCCAACCUCACGCGGCACCAGCGCAUCCACACAGGCGAGAAGCCCUACGCCUGUGAUGCCUGUGGCAAACGCUUCACGGACAAGUCCACGCUGACACAGCACCAGCGGACACACACAGGGGAGAAGCCAUAUAUAUGCAUCUACUGUGGCAAGAGCUUCAGCCGCAGCUCUCAUCACAAGAGGCAUGAGCGCACUCACAGCUCUGGGGACGGCCCUCAGGCCAUGCUCCCCCUCUGGCACUACCCGUCACAGACCUUCUAGUAGCACAUGGAAAGGGGCUCUUGAGGAUGAGUAUCCACAAGGGUGAAGGUGGACUGGAAAUGGACAAGCAGUAAGAACCAGAAAGCAUAGCACCUACUGUUGUGACUAAGAUUAGACUACUGGUAGAACAUAAUGGAUUUCUGGCAAGGGGUUAUCAAUUUUUUCCAUUACUGGGUUCAGAAUAGAGGGGGGGGGGGAAGACACCCCCUCCCCCGCACUGGCAUAAUUUCCAUGUUCUUCACUUAUUUUCUUUAUAAAUGUGUACAUGAAAACAAGUUUCUAGUCCUCACACUUGUGAUCCUAACCUUGAAAAUAUGAAACAGAAUGUAAAAUGUUGCAAGAAUAGUCUGCUUUAAAAGAUACUCUGAAGUAUUUACAACUUCCUGAAAUAGUAUUAUCUUGAGGGAUGUUCACAAUCCCCCAGUGGAGGACUCAGCCAUAAAUCAUGGCAUUGUUCUGCAGUGCCACUGCAAAGUUGAUUGUGACCAGUAAGUAAACAGA